AUAGAUAUAUUCUCCCUUAUCAUUCUGUCUCAACAAAUGUUUCUCUCUCAAGAAAACAACUCAUAGCAUUGAAGAUCAGGCGAGGAUCAGAAAAGGAGGGAGAGGAAAGCAAAGCGAAAGGAGUAGGCUAGUAUAGAGCAACCAACGAGACAAAAGAGACUGCAUUGAAUGUGGUGGUUUCCGUCUCGGAAGCCACAUAAUAUAGCCACAUUUUCUCUUUAUUCUAGACGGUGAGAAUACACCGGGGAGGGGACCAUUUACUUGAAGAGAAGGUGAAAUUCUACUCUUUCGAAGUGCGUAGUCACGAGGACUCUAAACAUCUAGCCGCGGACUGGGUGCAUCUUUACUACAUCGAGUGUUCUUUUUCUGUGGGUUGGAGAUCGACCAGAACAAAGGGAGUCUUGAGCAAGGAGUGAGUGAGCGAGCCGAGCCCCAUUAGUCAUUACCGCCUCUGAAACCAGGCCAAAUGCGUCUCUGAAAGCGACAAUAUACAGUUUUCUCCAUUUCUGUCCGAAUAUCUUUGCCCAUAAGAGGAAGAAGAUUACAAAAACAGCAAUCGGCGCCCAAAAUGUUUCCUCAAAAUCGACCCCCGGCACCUCUACAGCCACCCCCUGGGUCCUCGGCGUCGGCAGCUGCAGCUUCGGGAACCCCCCAGGCCCUGAAGCUCACAUACCCAGAGACCCUGGACCGCAUCAAGGAGGAGUUCCAGUUCCUCCAGACCCAGUACCACAGCCUGAAGAUGGAGUGUGAGAAACUGGCCACAGAGAAGACUGAGAUCCAGAGACACUACGUCAUGUAUUACGAGAUGUCCUACGGCCUUAAUAUUGAAAUGCACAAACAGACAGAGAUCGCCAAGCGGCUGAACGUGAUCUGUGCCCAGCUCAUCCCUUUCCUGUCACAGGAGCACCAACAACAGGUGGUCCAGGCCAUGGAGCGCGCCAAGCAGGUGACUAUGGGGGAGUUAAAUGCGUCUAUAGGGCAACAGCUGCAGGCGCAGCACCUCUCUCAGCACGUGGCCCAGGGCCUGCAGGGCCUGCAGGGCCUGCAAAUGGGGCCACACCCUGGGGGCCUCCCUCACCCUGGCCUGGCGCUGGGCGGUGGGUCUGGCCUACUGGCCCUGUCCGGGGCCCUGGGGGCCCAGCUGGCUGCCAAAGAGGGCCAUGAGAGGGCCCACAUGGAGGCUGCUGCGGCUGCAGCCUCCGCAGAGCACCACAGAGGCUGGCUGCGGGGACGCGGGGCGAUGCUGUCCAUCAUGGACGUAGACCGCGAGGCUGGACCGAGCUCUAUGUCCAACGGGGAUAAGGGCCGUUCAGCAGACUACCUCAGCAAUGGGAAGAAGAGGAAAGCUGACGAGAAGGAGUUCAUGACAGAUUAUGGCAGCGAUGCGGAUAAGAGUGAUGAUAAUUUGGUGGUGGAUGAGGACCCCUCAUCCCCCCGCAGUGUGCACUCCUACUCGUCCAGAGAAAACGGCCUGGACAAACUGCCCCCCUCCCGGAAAGACGCCCUUCCCCAGGCCAGCCCCGCCUCCCUGGCCUCCUCCAGCAGCCAAGCCUCGCCCUCCCGCAGCAAGGACCGGGAGCCGCCGAGGGAGAAGUCCAGUACCCCAGGUAUGAAGCCAGGCACCCCCCACAGUUCCCAGGACUCCUCCACCCCCGGCCCCAGUGCCCCCCCACAGUUCCGCCCCCUCCCUGGCAAACCUGGUGUUGACCCUCUGGCUCUAGGUCUGAGGAACCCUCUGGCGGUGCAGGGGGCGUACCCCCCUGGGGCGUUUGGCCUGCCCCCUCCAGGGGUGAAUGGGGAACUGGCGGGGGCAGCAGCAGCCUACGGGGCUGGGCUCCACCUGGUCUCCCCCCAGAUGAAUGGCUCUGUAGCCGCAGUAGCAGCUGGAUACGGACGGUCAGCAGUGGUGGGUUAUGAGUCUCCUCACCCCCACAUGAGGGUCCCAGGGUUACCCGCCAGCCUGCAGUCUGCUGCUUCAGGAAAGCCUGCUUACUCUUUCCACGUCAGUGCGGAUGGACAGAUGCAGCCAGUUCCUUUCCCUCCGGAUGCUCUGCUGGGCCCGGGCAUCCCACGACAUGCCCGUCAGAUCCACACUCUGAACCACGGAGAGGUGGUGUGUGCCGUCACCAUCAGCACCUCCACACGCCACGUCUACACCGGCGGCAAGGGCUGUGUCAAGGUGUGGGACAUCAGCCAGCCUGGCAGCAAGAGUGCCAUGGCCCAGCUAGACUGUCUGAAUAGGGAUAACUACAUCCGUUCCUGCAAGCUCCUCCCUGAUGGGCGGACCCUCAUUGUUGGAGGCGAGGCCAGCACGUUGUCAAUCUGGGACUUGGCCACACCUACUCCCCGCAUCAAGGCAGAGUUGACGUCUUCUGCUCCGGCCUGCUAUGCUCUGGCCAUCUCCCCUGACAACAAGGUCUGCUUCUCCUGCUGCAGCGACGGAAACAUUGUAGUCUGGGACCUGCACAACCAGACCCUGGUCAGGCAGUUCCAGGGUCACACUGACGGGGCCAGCUGUAUUGACAUCUCCAACGAUGGGACCAAACUGUGGACGGGGGGGCUGGACAACACAGUACGCUGCUGGGACCUGAGAGAGGGACGACAGCUGCAGCAGCACGACUUCACCUCACAGAUCUUCUCUCUGGGCUACUGUCCUACAGGAGAGUGGCUGGCAGUGGGCAUGGAGAGCAGUAAUGUAGAAGUGCUGCACGUCUCCAAACCAGACAAGUAUCAGCUGCACCUCCACGAGAGCUGUGUGCUCUCACUCAAGUUCGCCUACUGUGGUAAAUGGUUUGUGAGCACAGGCAAAGAUAACCUCCUGAACGCAUGGCGGACACCCUAUGGAUCAAGCAUAUUCCAGUCAAAGGAGUCAUCUUCGGUGCUCAGUUGUGACAUCUCCCCCGAUGACCAGUUCAUUGUGACGGGCUCCGGUGACAAGAAGGCCACUGUGUACGAAGUUAUCUACUGAGGAAUGAGCGCUCUGGUUGGAUAAAGUGGGGGCGAGGCUCCCUUGGUGCCCCAAGGACUGUAAAGAGAGUGGCGGGUGUCGUGGAGACCAGAGACACACGUUGUACUUUGUUGUUUUGUUUACGUUUGUAAAGGAUUCAGAUGAGGGCGAAGUCAGAUCUCUGGAACUUUGACCUUUAAAAAAAAAUGCUCUGAGAAAAAGCUGGUAGUCUAGCGACACAAUGUGGGAUUCUUCCAAAGACCUGUUUUUUUCCUCUCGUUUUGUUACCUUUUUUCCUGUUUUUAACAAAAUGAAACCUCUGUAGUAAA